UCUACCUGCCUUCCUUUCCUGUUCCCUCCCCCGCUCGCUCUUCUGCGCCUUCCCCAAAUUGGAGAGGAGGACAGGCUGCCUCCACACCUAGGGUUUCCCCUCCACGGCCCCAGCCGCCGCCGGCCCGCUCCUCAGCUGCUCCCCCACACUGCCCUCCGUCUCAAUUGCCUGCUCUUCCUCUACCUUGCCACCCAGAGGAGCGCCGGCGCCGCCCGCUCAAUCGACCGUCGCUUGCCUGCCUGCACCCCGUCUGCCGCCUCGAUCUCUUCCUCCAACCACCGGCGACCGCUCUCCUCAGGCUCCGCUCCCACGUCGGUGGUUAACUGGUAGAGUUUGGUGAAUACACUUCUUACACAGUGCUGAGAUUUUGUGGUCAUUAAGGGUGCUAUUCUUGAACCCAGUGAACACCUUUAAGAGCUGUCUGCUGUAAUUGCUAUCAUGGCAACCAACGAGAACCUCCCACCAAAUGUUAUCAGGCAAUUGGCUAAAGAACUGAAAAAUCUUGAUGAUUCACCUCCAGAAGGGAUCAAAGUUAUUGUUAAUGAUGAUGACUUCGCCACUAUUUUUGCUGAUAUUGAGGGCCCUUCUGGAACUCCAUAUGAGAAUGGAAUAUUCCGGAUGAAGCUAAUAUUAUCUCGUGACUUCCCUCAUUCUCCUCCGAAAGGAUUUUUCACAACCAAAAUUUUUCAUCCGAACAUAGCAACAAGUGGUGAGAUAUGUGUUAACACAUUGAAGAAGGAUUGGAAUCCUAGCCUUGGAUUAAGACAUGUUCUGCUGGUAGUCAGAUGCCUUCUGAUUGAGCCAUUUCCUGAAUCCGCCCUUAAUGAACAAGCUGGAAAGCUGCUGCUUGAGAACUAUGAGGAGUAUGCACGGCAUGCAAGGCUAUUUACGGGUAUUCAUGCGCUCAAACCCAAGAAUAAGCCCAAGAUUGGAGCUAUUUCUGAGUCAAACACAGCUCUGAAUAGAGAUCAGUCUAACACUGUUCUCAACGAGAUAUCUACCUCUAGUGCGUCAAAAGCAUUUGGCUCAAAUUUGCAGGACCAGAAUACUGCUCCUUCUGCUGUUUUAGGAGGAACAUCAGCAGUAGUCAAGAAGGACGGACCGCUUACCGUGAAAGGUCCAGUCGACAAGAAGAAGAUGGAUGCGAGGAAGAAGAGUCUGAAGAGAUUAUAACCGAAACAUAGUGUUCCAGGUCAAAUGACAACCAUUGGUGCCAGAUUAUGCAGAUGCAUCCGAAAAUAAUGAGAGGCACAGAUUAUGCCAGAGAAGGAUGCUUCUCUUCUGUUCGGGCCAAGUGUUGGCCCCCCGUUGGACCAAACUGUGGAGGGAGAAUAAUGUGCUGUUGGUUCCCUCCCGGUCCUGUAUUAGUUCUGCACUGCUGUUGCUGCUGCUCUUGUUUGUGAUUUCAUGGUUCAGUGUAAAACUAAAGCAACGGGGAACCUUUUCCUCCCAAAGAAGUCAUCUUAUACUGUAUUCCCAGGUCAAUCACCUUCAACGUGCCUAUCAAAGUAUCAAACUCAGGAAAAUGUUCUCCAUCAAAUAA